UUGGCGUUUUGUAAAUUUAUAUUUACGUUUUAAGAUCAUGUCGGACAGUGAUGCCGAAGGUGAUUAUGCUACUGCUCAUUCAGAAGCUUUAAAAAGAUUGAAAUCAAAAGAUCCAGAAUUUUAUGACUUCCUUAAAGAAAAUGACGAGGAACUGCUCAAGUUUGGUGAGUCCGAUGACGAAAGUGAUACCAGAGAAUCGGAGGAUGAUGAGCAAACUACAAGUAAAUCAUCUAAAACAGUCUUAAGUGCUGCAAAAUUGAAAUUUAUAGGAGAAAACAUUAAAACCUCUCCUUCAAAGAAACUUGUUAAAGAAUUAAUAAAUGCCUUUAAAACAAUUAUUCAUCAAAUCGAUAACAGCAAUGAUAAAGUAGACUUGUCCAAUAAUGAUUUGUUUAAUGAUGUGAUGAAAUUAUGUCUCGUAGAUUUAGUACCGGCUCUCUAUUCCAUUCUCAAGUUGCCGGCCGAUUCCAAAAAUGUAGACGUGACAAAGUCAAAAGCAUGGUACAAAACUAAAACGGUUGUAAAACAAUAUUUAAUCGAUGUGUUGAAAAUGCUAGCUGCUCUGAAAGAACCAUCGGGGUUAGUUCUGUUCCUGAAGCAUAUCGUUCAUCUUGUUCCAUUUUAUUCAAAAUUUAUGAAAUUGUGUCGCCUUCUUUUGAAAAAGAUGAUUACCAUGUGGUGUUGUGAAGAAGAAACGGUACGUGUUUUGAGCUUGAUUAUAGUAGUAAGAGCCUCCAAGCGUUUGCCGAAAGAAUACAUGGGGCAAAUUCUGAAACAUAUGUAUUUUUCUUAUGUAAAAAACACCAAGUUUACAUCGCCAAAUACAUGGCCUAUGAUAAACUUCAUGAAGCGUUCAUUAACAGAAGUUUACUCUCUGUAUCCAGAAGCAGCAUAUGAACAUGCGUUCAUAUAUAUCCGCCAACUAGCAAUCCAUCUCCGUAAUGCCAUCACAAUUAAGAAGCAAGAAGCAUAUCAAACAGUUUACAACUGGCAGUAUAUUCACUGCCUCUUGUUGUGGGCACAUGUAUUGUGUCGUCUGUAUGAUCAAGAAGCUGUCAAAACUCUUGUUUAUCCUUUAGUACAAACAAUUACUGGCACAAUCGCCCUGAUACCAACAUCCAAAUACAUCCCUUUGCGUAUUCAUCUUGUUAAAGCUUUGAUCCAAAUGUCCGAAAAAAUAAAUGUCUUCAUACCUACUAUCCCCUUUAUAUUGGAAAUAUUGACUUUGUCUGAUUACAACAAAAAGAUGUCCUUCAGUGUCAAACCUCAAGACUUUUCUUGUUCUUUAAAAGUCGGAAAAUCAAAACUGUCGGAAGCGGCGUUUCAAGAUAGUUGCAUGAGUGAAGUAAAUUCCUUACUUUUGGAGUAUUUCAAAGUAUACUCUCACACCAUCGGGUUUCCAGAGCUUGCUUUGCCUGCAGUCCUACAAAUUAAAUUAUUCAUCAAGAAAUGUAAAGUUGCAAAGUAUAAUCAGCUGCUGAAAGGUUUGCUCACUAAAAUUGAAGAAAAUAGUGCAAUGAUCACAGAGAAACGUAGAUCUGUUUCCUUUCAAAUAACGGAUGUUGAUAAAAUUAAGCAAUGGGAAAGAAACAUUCAGGAACAAGGCACACCUAUUUUGAAAUUUUACAAGGAACAGAAUAAAGAAACUGUUGAUUCUUCACCAAGCAAAAAAGCCAAGUGUGAAUAACUUUAAAUUAAUUUAAGACUUACCAACUGAUGUAAUUUCCACAUAUUUACUUGAGAGAUGUUUCUUCAAUUAACCUCUUUAAAUUACUUAGUAGUGAAAUAAUGUAAAUGUUCAUCUUAUUUAUAAAUAUUUUUUGGGACCUCAUAGUAAGAAUGAUUUUUGGUACAAUUAUAAAAAGUCAGGGGCCAAUCCAGGAUUUUUUUUUCGCUACCUAUUUUUGUGAAAGUAUUGCAUCAUUCUAUUUUUGUGAAAGUUUUUUUUUUAUCAGCAUUGUUUUUGUGAAAUUUUAGAGGCAUCCUAAUUUUUGUGAAAGAGAAGUAGAACAAGUGAAAUUUUAGUUCGAAAAGUGUAAAUGUCAUCUAGUAUUACUUUUAACAGAUUUCGUUUCUUGGGGAGGGGGGGGGGGGAGCUAAAAACCUAAGAAGUAUGAAAAAUAUCAUUGUAAUUUCAGCUUAAUGGGCUAUGUACUGUGUACAAUAUAGGAAAUUAUGAGAAAAACGGUUUCCCAAAACAGAUGUUGAAAGAUUGCGAUAAUAUUGCAUAAAUACACUUAGGCGAGAAAUAGCUAAAAAUUAGUUAAAAUACUACAAAAAGGUUUCUAUUUAAGCGAUUGUUCAUAUAAACCUGCUUAGAUUUUAUUUUAUGAGUAAAUUUUGUUUUAAACAGAGAAGCAAAUUUUAUAUUUUUUUAAAUGUUAAUUUUUGUGAAAUUUUCGAGGUUUUUGUGAAGCUACCGAUUUUAUUACUUGAUUUUUGUGAAAGUACCGAUUUCAAAACAAGAUUUUUGUGAAGGUACCGAAAAACGGUAGCAAAAUCAGCCUAUAUUGGGCCCUGAAAGUUAAA